AUGAGUCGAACAAAUGUUAAACAAAAUAUUGACACACGACGUGUUACACAGGAAUUAUUUACAUUAACUUAUGGAGCAUUUGUUGCACAAAUUCUUAAUGAUUAUGAACAUGUUGAUGAAGUUAAUAAACAACUUGAUAAAAUUGGUUAUAAUAUUGGUGUUCGAUUGAUUGAUGAUUUUCUUGCUCGUAAUCCAACUGUUGGUCGAUGUCAUGAUUUUCGUGAAACAGCUGAUGUUCUUGCUAAACAAGGUUUUAAAACUUACUUAGGUAUAACACCAUCAAUUACAAAUUGGUCACCAGCUGGUGAUGAAUUUUCAUUAUUACUUGAUGGUAAUCCAUUAACGGAAUUUGUUGAAUUACCUGAUGGACCAGGUCAAAAAUUAAGUUAUAAUCAAAUGAUAUGUGGAGCAAUACGUGGUGCUCUUGAGAUGGUUCAAUUAGAAGUUGACUGUCGAUUUGUUCAAGAUCAAUUAAAAGGUGAUAAUACAACUGAAUUACGAGUUAAAUUUUUAAAAAAAUUAGAAGAUGCUUUACCUGUUGGUGAAGAUUAA